AUGCCCCCCAAGGUCAACAACAUCGCCUCGCGCAACGUCAAGUCGGCCAAGGAGAUGGAGACGCUGCUCAUGCGCGCCCUCUGCGACAGCAUGGACGACGCGAAAGAGUACAUCGCGCCCGACUGCGCCAUGAUCAACCCCUUUAUUUCCUCAGAGGUCCUCGGCCGGAAGCCCGAGGAGGCCCAGGACCGCAAGCAGCAGCCCGUGCUCGAGGCGCUCGACCGCGUCAAGCCCCUGAGGGGCUACCAGAUGGACCGCGACACGGUGCGCGUCGUCGAGGUCGACAUGAUGGCCGUCAGCAUCCUGUACAAGGGCAGCUUCACGACCGACGACGGCCGGCAGCACCCCGUCAGCGUGCACAGCACGUGGCGGCAGAACGCCGGCGCCGACUGGCUGCUGUGCUCGCAGCUCGUGGCGCCCGAGUAA